GUGCAUUGCGAGGGGUAAGGGGGUAUAUCUGAUGAAACGAGUAAUGUAAAGCCGAUUAUUUUUAUUGCCUUGACAAAACUACAUCGUUUAAGUAACUAGCACGGCAUGUUGAAAUAUUCAAACAGUGCUUCUGAUUGACAUGCAGCCUGAAGUGGCAAACAGGAGACUGUCUGGGAAAGGCUUGCUUUGAUAUAGCAAAACUGAGGAACAGUUUUACUGUCGUGUUAGCGUUAGAGAGAUUAAAUAUUCUGUUUCAUUGUUGCACCGAGUGAAACUUCGUGAAAAGGCAGUCUUUUUAAUACCUUUGGAAACGGUGUAAAUCACAUAUUUCCUACAUUUCUGCGUUUAAUAUGACUGCAAAGGCAUGGCUUCUGUUUACAUUGUUGGUGGGACUUCUUUCGCAUCUAGUGACAGCUGAGGUAGAGCAACUGAAUGAUUCCCCCGAAUCCAAGUCAUUCCAUGAGCCAAGCGCAGAAGAGGAGGAGGUUCCCACGAGCAGUCGGAUUGUUGCGGGACAGGUGCUGUCCCAUAGGGAAGAGACAUCGGAGGACACCAAAAGAGGGGAGAGUCAGUCCGAUCCAGCCAGGCUGUCAGAGGGAGAAGAGAAAGAAGAUCUUCCGUUACAGUCUGAGCCACAAGAAGAGAGGCCAAAAGAAGUGCAGACUGUGAUUGGGGGCACAGCUGAUGGGGAGCCCUGCCUGUUCCCAUUCCUCUUCCUUGGGAAAGAGUACUCGGAGUGCACUACAGAGGGCCGAGGGGAUGGCCGGCUCUGGUGUGCUACCACCUACGACUACGACCGAGAUAAGAGAUGGGGAUUCUGUGAAAGUGAGGAGCAGGCUAGCCAGAGGCAAAAGGCUCAGGAGGCAGAGGAUCUGUACCAGAGGGCCAUCAAGAUCAUCAAUGGGACCAGUAAAAAGAGCCAAAAGAAAGAGGAGUAUGUCAAUCUGAUGAAAGCCGCUGACAUGGGCCACACAAAGGCCAUGGAGAAGGUGGCAUAUGCCAUGCUUUUUGGAGACUACAUGAAGCAGAACAUCCCACAGGCUAAGGAGCUGUUUGAGAAGCUGGAAAUCGAGGGAUCUCCCAAGGCCCAGACGGCUCUUGGUUUUCUUUAUGCUGCUGGAUUGGGAGUGAACUCAAGUCAAGCAAAGGCACUGGUCUACUACACCUUUGGGGCUCUAGGGGGCAACCUGGUUGCUCACAUGAUACUGGGCUACAGGUACUGGGGAGGGAUAGGAGUCCCUCAGAGCUGUGAGUCUGCCCUGACCCACUACCGACUGGUGGCCAACCAUGUGGCCAGUGACAUCUCCCUGACGGGGGGCAGCGUGGUGCAGAGGGUCCGCCUGCUGGACGAGGUGGAGAACCCCGGAGUCGCCAGUGGGAUGCUGGAGGAAGAUCUCAUCCAGUACUACCAGUUCCUGGCUGAGAAGGGGGACGUGCAAGCCCAGGUUGGCUUGGGACAGCUACAUUUGCAUGGGGGCCGUGGAGUUGAGCAGAAUCAUGAGGUAUGAGUAUUGUGGUAUUUUCUCCUCAGUAUUUCUCCAGAUGUACUUUCUGCUCUUUCUUUUGUAACAUUUAUUUUUAACAAAACAAUUUUUAACUGGCCGGAGCAGUAUUGAUUUUUGUUCAUUUCUGUGUUCUCACAGGGUAAUCCAGUUGGGCAAAGUGGCCUGGGAAUGGCCUACUUGUAUGGAAGAGGAGUUCCUGUGAACUAUGACCUAGCAUUGAAGUAUUUUCAGAAGGCUGCUGAACAAGGCUGGGUGGAUGGACAGCUUCAGUUAGGGACCAUGUACUACAAUGGCAUUGGUGUAAAGAGAGACUACAAACAGGCUCUGAAGUAUUUUAACCUGGCGUCACAGGCUGGGCAUAUCCUGGCAUUCUACAACCUGGCACAGAUGCAUGCCACUGGCACAGGAGUGAUGAGGUCCUGUCACACAGCAGUGGAGCUUUUUAAGAAUGUGUGCGAGCGAGGCCGUUGGUCAGAGAGGCUGAUGAACGCCUACAGCAGCUUUAAGGAAGGAGACUCUGACUCGGCUGUGGUGCAGUAUCUUAUGCUGGCAGAGCAGGGCUAUGAAGUGGCACAGAGCAACGUGGCCUUCAUCCUGGAUCAGAAAGAAGCAAAGAUCUUCAGUGAAAACGAGACGUAUCCUCGAGCUCUGCUACACUGGAACCGUGCUGCUGCUCAGGGAUACACAGUGGCAAGAAUCAAGCUGGGUGAUUACCACUUCUACGGCUAUGGCACAGAUGUAGACUAUGAGACAGCAGUGAUCCAUUACAGACUGGCCUCAGAGCAACAGCACAGUGCACAGGCCAUGUUCAACCUGGGCUACAUGCAUGAGAAAGGGCUGGGGAUCAAGCAGGAUAUCCAUCUGGCAAAGCGGUUCUAUGACAUGGCUGCCGAGGCCAGCCCCGAUGCUCAGGUGCCAGUGUUCCUGGCACUCUGUAAGCUAGGACUGAUCUACUCUCUACAGUACCUACAAGAACUGAAUGUGAAGGAAUUGCUGACCCAGAUUGAUUUGGACCAGUUGUUGGGUCCGGAGUGGGACCUGUACCUCAUGACCAUCAUUGCCUUGCUCCUUGGCACAGUCAUUGCGUACAGGCAGAGACAGCACCAGGCUGUGCCCAGGCCUCUGGCUGCCCAGAGGCCCCCAGCUGAGCAGGCAGAGCAGCAGUGAGGACCUGGCCUCUUUCUUCCUUCUCCUUCUGUUCCGCUGGGACUGAUGGGGAAACUGUUUCUCGCCUUGGAGAGCUCCCGUCAAGACGCUGUGAAAGACUGGCUAUGAUUGCAGAGACCUGAAUAGACUGUUAUAGCUGGCUGGGUUGCAACAAGACUUUGAACAAUGACGUGUUCAGGGUUUUUGACUUGCCUGUAAACUUUUCUCCUCUUAUGACGAUUGAUGAUGACAUCAGUUGAUAUCAAUUCAUUAUUAGUAUUAUUUUUGGUUUUUUUCAUCCUGCUGCAGAUGUGCUUCCCAAGUGGGGGUCUGAUGUAUUUUCCAGAAAGACCCCUUGAGGCUGUUGCAUUUGGUUUAACAGCUAUAGUUGAAAGGUUACAUUUUUUUUAAUUAAUUUUGCAGUCUAUGGGGACUGGUUAUAGUUUGGUUCACAUCAGUGGGUCCCCGAUUUUUAUUUUUUCCUUUCUAAAAAUAUUUAGCAAUGCAUUUCCACAUGUGUUCUACUGAAAUCUCUUUAUCAGAGACAUUGAUAAUCAAAAGUUCAAGUCCAUAUUUUCUAAGUUAAGACAUUAUUUGUAACAAGAGUGCUGCAGGAAAAAUAAUUGUCAUCUGUCAUUAAAGUAACCUUGUUCUACAUUUUAUGAGCUUCAGUAUAGGAUUCCAUUAACCCAUUAGUGGACUUAAGCUCCAUUAAAUUUCAUUCAUUUAUCCUGAAAAGUUUUUAAAAGAUUCGGCUAGGUGUACUGUAGAUUUUCAGAAUGUAAAUUGUCAGAUUAUUUAAUGUUGUAGCCUUAAGUGGGGCUUUAUUACCACUCUUGAAAGGGGAUUAUAGACUUGAUUAUUCAUUGGUCAGCUUGCACAUUGUCCCUUUAUUGGAGACUAGGCACUGGAUUCCAAGUGGAAGUUACUUUUAAUUCUAGUAAGGCAAUUCUUAAGAUUGGACUGAAAUCACACUUCUUUGCUUUUGAUAAAAUACCCUCAAAUACCACAGUUUCUUUCCUAUUUGUGUCUUUUCUUUGUGGCAAACCUUUCAGGAAAAUUCUAGUGGAAGAUUUGAUUUUGGAAACGUUGUAAGGCAGACUUCAUUUAAUGGCACAUACUGUAGCAGUGUACAAGACAAGUUUGGUGGCCUCCUGAUUUUAAUGUACUGAUAAGUUAAUAGAAGACAGGAAUGGUAGACAUUGUAAUAAUACUAACAAGGCAGUAUAGUUUCAGGUGGAACACUGAGAGUGUUGGUAUAAUUAAUUUCUAAUAGGGAAGAUGAAGGCAGGUAAGUAAUUAAAGGUUUACAUUUCAAACUUCUCAGAACACACUUUUAAUAUGCUGACUGAUGGUGUGUUCCUUUGACUAUUUUGGGAUUGCUGUGCUUGGAGCAAUUUGAUUUUAAUGAUCAAUAAUGUUGGAAUACACAAGGACAAGGAGUUCACAAGUCCUGAACUGUGCCAUGUAUUGUUAAGGUGAAGGCAACAUUGGAAAAUUUUUCAUGGUUUUAGUUUUGAAGGUCUCUGUUUAGAAUAGGAUUCCUUAGUUUAAAAGUGAUAUAUUUUACUAAGAAAUGAACAAUUAAUACUUGGGCUAUUCUUCUACAGUACUUUAGCCGUGUCUGAGGUUUGAAGUGGUACUUUAGAGGUUCCACAGUGCUUCAGUCUUUCUGGUAAAAAUACACAGUCCUAGCAUAGGAAUGAGUUACAUUGCUGAACAGCGAAUUUUCUGUUAAUGCUGAUAAGAGCUUUUGCAGUACAAGUGCAGUUGUAGACAAAGGAGAGCAGUGUUUAAUGUUUUUUGCAUUUUGUGCAGCACCUUUUAACCAGCAUUACAGGUUCAAAUGAUGUACAACUAAUUGCAAAGGUUAUUAUGCUAAAAAAGUGUGACCUUUCCUUACCUUUUGUGAAAAAAAAUUUACUCUUUGGGCAACACUAUAUAGAACAUAAUGAAAUGGCAGGGAAUUAGAGAUCUCUAGUUUAAAAGUGAGGUAAGACUCCACAUCUGAGGACUCUGUUACUCCUUAAUAAAUGUGUUAAAGCAGAAUUUGGUGCCAGGUUCUGUCAUGAAUUGUUUUGUUUUUUUUGCUUCUUUCUACCACUCCAGCUACAAAUGGAGCCAAGUUACAUUCUGCUCUUGGAGUUAUACAAAAAGAAGCAGCAAACGGUGAAGUUCUGAACUGCAAUUAAGUAGUCUUGUGUUUUUUCCAAAGUAUGUUGAUUCUUUACAUGUUAAGUGAAAGUUAAUGUUCCUUUUUGGGAGAUGAAAAGGUUUGCCACAGAUAUAUCUGCAUGCAUCCUAUUUUUCAGAAUCUGCAAAAUGUACUGUCUUUGAAUAUAGGGGUGGAGUUGGGGUGUUAUACCUUUUGAUUACUUAGAUAUUACUAGAUCUUUUCAAUCGACUUUUAAUUUAUUUUGUAACUAGAGAACUUUAGCAUUUCUGUAGUCUCCAGAAGAAAAUGAAGGGCCUUUUCAAAAACUUCCAGGCAAAAUCAUGAAUGACAGCAGUUAAUGGGAUUGUCUAUAUAUGAAUCUGUUUUUAUAAAUUAAAUGUCAUUAAAUCCAACAUGCAUCUCAAGCUUCAUGAAUUAUAAAAUGUAAUUAGUAACCUCCAUGGAUUAAAACAUUGGUUUACCUGGUUGUUAAAAGAUUUGGUCUUGAAGACAAGUCUUGGUAUAUCACUACAUAGUGUAAAUAGCAUUCAGGUGUGCCAUGUUUGUUUUUGAAAGGCUAAUCAAAGGAGUGGAAGCAGACGUUUAUUUUAUAGUGUUGCUUAAAAUGCGGAGGAAGGAAAAUUGAGUGGUGACCUGUAUUUUUAUCUGUACAUAAGAGCAAUAUAAGAAGGUACAAUAUAAAAGUUCUGUUAAUACUUCAGAAGGAUGUAAGAAUUCCAGUGAUUUAUUAAGCUAUACUGUUAGAAAUGCAUAAUUAUCAAUUAAAUGCCCUAAAUCUGUUGCCUUCUUUUUGGGGAUUAAAAUGAUCAUUAUAGAGCAAUUUAGUGCUCUUUUUCAUUUAAACACUGGGAUGUUAUUCUCCUCCAUUUUGCUCUGAAUAGCUGUACAUUUGUAUAUUUAUAUCUUGUUUUCUUUAUCAGAACAAAAAUAAUAAAGGUGAACAAUCAAAGAAAA